AUGGAGACUCUGGAGGAAAGUGAGCUCUGUUUUCCACAACUCCACAACUCAUCCUGCAGGAAGCCGACACGUUCUCACUCUGAAACUGUGCUUAUUUACAUUGUGCUGUCCUCAAUCGCUCUGCUGACUGUGACUCUCAACCUGCUGGUCAUCAUCUCCAUCUCACACUUCAGGCAGCUUCACACCCCCACCAACCUGCUCCUGCUCUCUCUGGCUGUCUCAGAUUUCUUCGUGGGCAUCCUCAUGUUCUUUCAAAUCAUGCUUAUAGACGGCUGCUGGUUCCUCAGUGACCUUAUGUGUACACUUUAUAAUGUCCUGGACUAUAUCAUUACGUCUUCUGCAGUAGGAAAUUUGGUGCUCAUAUCGGUUGACCGUUAUGUGGCUAUUUGCAACCCACUACAUUACCCUACAAAAGUCACUGUGACAAGAGUUACAAUCUGUGUUUGCCUUUGUUGGGUCUGCUCUGUUUUAUACAACACUCUCGUAACAAUGAAGGAUAACUUGAAACAACCAGGCAGGUAUAAUUCCUGCUCUGGAGAGUGUGUGGUUGUUAUUGAUUAUAUUGCUAGACUUGCUGAUCUUAUUUUGACCUUUAUUGGUCCUGUCACUGUCAUUGUAGUUCUGUACAUGAGAGUAUUUGUGGUGGCUGUGUCUCAGGCUCGUGCCAUGCGCUCUCAUGUUACAACCGUAACAAACCAACAAUCAGUGAGAGUAACUGCUAAAAAAAGUGAGAUGAAAGCAGCCAGGACUCUCGGUGUUGUUGUAGUUGUGUUUUUGAUAUGCCUUUGUCCAUAUUUUUGUGUCACACUCACGGGUCAGGACACCUUACUCAAUGCUUCAUCUGCUGCUUUUGUAAUCUGUUUGUUCUACUUUAACUCCUGUCUGAAUCCUGUCAUCUAUGCCUUUUUUUACCCCUGGUUUAGAAAAUCUGUUAAACUUAUUGUUACAUUUCAAAUACUAAAGCCUGGCUCCUGUGAGAACAAAAUACUGUAA